ACGCGUGAUGAUGAUCGUUCUCAGGCAAGGGGUGGGGGUAAAGUGGAGUUGGGGGCUCGGAAACCGAUCCGCUCGGGAGGGCUCUCUCACACACAUUUUCUACACACACUGUUCCGUGCUGACGAGCGGGGGAGAUAUGAGAACGGGGCGUCCUCCCUCUCCACUCUUCUAAAAACAUACUGGGCGCUUCUUGUAAGGUUACCGCCGGAGAUCUGACACACACUCUUUCAAAAAGACAUACAAACACAAACUCAUCAGGGGGAGACGAACCAGCUGAGAUUUGUUUUCAAACUGUCCCCCGAUGGCUGCGUGACAGGUCCACUGAACGCGCAAGAAGACGCACACGGUUCCAGGAUUUGGACUGCUUCACGCAUCUCUUUCCCUGUCUUGAGUCGUUUUUUAUUAUCGUGUGUUGGGAACUCCGUUCAAUCAUGGAUACCUACAGCUCCUUCGCCGCUCUACUUUUACUUCUGGCUUCGUUAAAUAGUGUGUCAACCGUGCAGUUCCCGUCGCCACUUCUGAUAAAGGAAUGGGUGGAGAAGAUGCAACAGGAGCUGGUCACACUGACGGACACAGCCAGCGGAGUGCAGAACCUCAUACAGAUCUUCCAGAGCCACAGGAAGUACUUCAGUGUGGGGUCCAACGAUGCCAGCCAGCUGGUGGCUAAUGCAGCGGGGAACAUCGAGAAUCUCCUGGCCAACCGUUCUCGUGCUCUCAAGGCGGGCGGGCGAGCAGAGCAGAGCGGAGCGGAGAGGAUGUGACUAAAGUGUUGCCAGCAGAUGCUCAUGUUCUCCUGCCUGGCGCCUUGGGACACAUCAAGGAGACGACAGGAGUUUGUUCCCUUUCUAGGCGUGACUAAUCCUUAUAUCCUUGUAAUCAGGCAGACAGGUAGUGGAGGUAGAGGAGGCUUCUGUGUGUGUGUGUGUGUGUGUGUGUGUGUGUGUGUGUGUGUGUGUGUGUGUGUGUGUGUGUGUGUGUGUGUUUCUGUUCUUUCUGUUUGAACUUGUUUUAUAUUCACCUCGUUCAAUGCCCCCCUUGUAUCUUUCU